ACGGCCACAACCACAUGGACAAUACCGGUACUGUACACGAGUACCGGUAGCAGAUGGCUGAUGGUGUCCCUCAACAUGGCACGACGUCAUGAGAUUCGCAGUAACCUGGGAACAGAAUACCGAAGCUGAGGUUCAUGAAGGGACGUGGGGCAUCCCCGACUUGUGUAGAUCAUAAACCACGGCAGUUGUCCCCAUGUCACCGGGCUGCGCCAUUUAUAACAUCGCCGAGCAUCAACCUUUCGAGACUUUGGGGUACAGUGACUUACUGGAGCCCACACGAUACUCCUACACCCACACCAUUCCGCCCUAUUAUGGUACUUAAAUACCCAAGAUACAACCCAUAUCUACAUGCUAUCGUACCACGACUCUCCCAGUUAACUCUCCAUUUAGCACGACCAAUCAUGACUACCCCACAAAACGCACGCCCCGAGAAACCAAUAUGCACCUCAGCAUGUCUCAUCAUUGGAGACGAAUUGCUUAACGGAAAGACGGUGGAUACGAAUAGUAACUACUUCGCGAGAUUUUGCUUCGACCUUGGUGUUGAAAUGAAGCGGGUGGAGGUAAUCGCCGACGACGAAGGGGAAAUCAUGGAAGCUGUUCGACGCAUGAACAAGGACUACGAUUUCGUGGUCACCUCUGGGGGGAUUGGCCCUACCCACGACGAUAUCACCUACUCAUCGAUCGCCAAAGCCUUUAACCUACCACUCACCCUUCACAACGAAACCUGGGCCCGAAUGCGCAGGCUUUCGAAAUCGAGCAAAACGAACCCACCGUUUGAUUGGGAAACCCCUUCCCCGAUGCUUAGCGCAAAGCAGCGAAUGGCACUCUUACCCACCGGACCAAAUGUGCGGAAUGUCUACAUCUCCCCAGACCUAUGGGUCCCGAUCUGCAUUGUAGACAACGUCCACAUUCUCCCCGGCAUCCCGCGCAUUUUUGAGCAGCUCCUUGAAGGGCUACGCCCACUCUUAAAAUUUAAUGUCGAUAACCACAACAAGCAAACCCGUGUCCUUAUUUCUACUCCAAUGAAGGAAAGCGAGAUUGCCGGCUUUUUAACAGAAUUGCAGGAGAAGGUCAAGGAGCGGAGGAUCAAAGUCGGGAGUUAUCCACGUUGGGGGAAAAAAAGGAACACGGUAACCCUUACCGGUCCUGAUAAAGAGUACAUCGAGGGCCUUGUGGAUGAAGUUGAGAAGGGUGUGGGGGGGUUAAGAGUUUCGGUUGAAGACGAUGAGCAGGGGGAACCGGAGGAGACAGAGGAGGUGGGGACAACUCCUAGGGAUGAGGUCAAGACUUAAAGAGAAUGUAUUCUGGGCUGUCCCAUCAUCUGAUUUGCUUUUUGCUUCACGUUUUAUACGCAAGUUAGGGGCCGAUUAUCAUGUAUUGUCACUCGGUUUGAACAGUCCGUCGCCAGUUUCCCCUUCAUGCAGUUUA